UUUAAAAAUGGCGAUAUACGAGAUAUUUUCUCAUCCUGAGUUACGGCGAUACAAAACGUCUAUUGUAUCUAAAGCGUCGCUUUUUAUGUUUCUGAUACUGAUUAUCACAUUCAUUCCACCGUUAAUCAUUGUCUAUAGAAGCUAUGGAUUUUGGUUACGAGAAGCAACAUAUAGGGAACAACCUAAUAUUGCUUUUAAGAAAGAACUUAUUUUGCUUUUGGAUCUUCAGAAUGGACCUAAGACGAUUGUUUAUAGUACCUUUCAACAGUACAACCAGCUUCUGCAAUCACAGCUAAGAAUUCCAAUAGUAAAGGCAAGAGAAGAUGAUCUUAAUGGUGAUGGAAAGUAUGACCGUUUGAACCUGGACCUUGAGAUACCAAUGGCUGGAGAGGAUCAAGUUGUUGGAACAAAACUUCUAUUAUUUUUUUAUUACAGAUUAAGGAAGUUUUCUCAAUUUCACAUGGAGUCACUAGGCUAUAUUGAAUACACUUCUUGUAUUCCUGGUGCUAGUCUCCAUGUGUUUGGGGAUCUAAGAAUGAGACAAAAGCAGCUGCUGGGACAUAGGGGAACAGAUGUUAGAUUUAAUGAUACUUUAGUAAACCCUCUGAGUCCAUAUGCUGAUACAUAUUCCUUAGCCACAAUUUUUAGAAACUACACUGACAGAAAUGUUACAACCGUUUUGCAAGACGCCAACAAAAUAUGGGCAUCAGGACGUGCAGCAGACACUCCAUUUAAAAUCUCUGCUGUUAUUAAUUACCCAGAGGAAUCAAUUUCCUAUACUCCUGGCUUCUGGAACCUGAUCAAGUGGGGUUGGGUACAGUAUGUCUCUGUGCUGCUCAUCUUCCUCUACAUCUUCAACAAGGUGAAGAUCUUUGUAUUCCAGCAUCAGCUGGUGCCCACUGUUGUUGAAAGCCCAGGCUUGAUGCACAAUGGGAUCAAGGACAAAUUUUCUUAAGUUUGAAUAUUUAAGAAUCUCAGGUUAUCUGUCAUUUUUAUGCAAAGUUAAGUACCAAUCUUUUGUGUAGUUUAUGUCAAAGAUGUCUAAAAUAAUUUUACAAAUACAUCCCAGUUGGGAAAGACAGAAAUUAUUCCUCAAAGUAGUUUUUAAAAACCACAGUGGCCUUCACUCUUUGUCAACACCUUUUGAUGAGAGUUUAUUAUUGAGCCUAGGAACACAUACUAUAGUUAGGCUGACAUAGAAUGACAUUUAUAAUAAUAAUUAGGCUUGAUAAUUAAUUUCUAGACUUGUGCAUAAAUGUAAAAUGUACUUUGUAAUUUCUAUCUUUCAAACUUAGAUAUACAGUCGCUAGUUAUAGUGGAUUCUAAUGUAACAGAGUCUUUGAUUUAUUAAGUCUACCAUGACUAUUUGAUUGUUCAAAUACUUUUUAUAUUUUGUAGCAUUGCAAUGUUUUAUGGGAAGAAUUCAUUGAUAUUAAUGUGUCUUACCAUUACCAGCUUGUUAAUAGUAAUAUGUACAGUUACAAAAUAACAUGGAAUAUUUUUAUAGAAAUUUUUAAUUUUAUGUACAUUCCUGAAACAUCUCCAUUUUUGUUUCAAAUCAUUUAUUGUCAAAACAACUUCAUAAUCCGUCCAAACUAUUCAUUUGGUUGUAUAUCAAACAUUUAAUUCUAAUACAUUGUUUAAAUCUUUAUAAAAUAUAUUAAUACUUGAAGCCAUACAGAACAACUUAAUUUAUCAUUAGAACAAUCUAAUUUAUCAUUUUUCUUUAUGGUGUGUAGUACAGAGUUUGAAAAUAUAUAAUUUUAAUAGUUGUAGGAUCUUCUCAUUCAAAUAAAUGUGUAACAUUUUGUUUGAUUGCACUAAUUUGAUUACAGCUGUAAUCACAGGUGAAAUGUAUCCUAUAGUUCCUGAAGUGUUUGAGUGAUUGAAUGAAAUAAGUACAUGCAGUGAUGUGUGAUGCAGUUAUGAAAAGAUAUACACAUGUGAAGAAUAGUCAGAAGCCAUAAAGAUGUGUACAGUAUAUUGACAUGUAUAAUGAAUAUGAAAAUGAUUUAUGAAUUUUUGUAUUAGCACUAGUAAAAACAAGUACACAAUUUUAAAAUAUAAUUAUAUAUCACAUUUC